AUGUUUAGACAACAACAACAACAACAAUAUAUGAGUGCACAGAAUCAAAUGGCUCUAUCAAGUGUAACAAGCUUAAUAUCGCCAGAGUCUUCACCUUUGUUGGUCUCAUCCAGACAACAACAACAACAACAACAACAAUUACCAACAAUGUCCAAACAUCAACAACAACAAAAUGAAGUCAACAAUCGUGAGAUGGAGUAUGCCAUGAUGCGUACCAGACCAAUCCAACCAUAUCCUACAAAGUCAACAAGUCCAACAAACUUCCAUGAUGUCCAACAACCACAACAACAUCUUAUAAAGAAUGGCCACAACAACAAUAACCCAUUCGACAUGUUACAUCAUCAUAUUCACAAAUUAUCCGAGUCCAAUCCAAAGAUACCAUUGCCACAUACUGAACAACAUGAGUCCGGACAUUCAUCGCCAAGCCAUUCGCCACACCAACUACCACAACCACAGACACAACAACAUCCACGCCAGAUUGCUACCGAGCACCCCCAUCAUCUGGCCAACAGCAAGAAGAGAUCAUACGACUUUGUAGGCUCCGUCCAGAACUUGUUGACCGAGAUGCACCAGCAGCCACAAGGAACAGGACCAUCAGCAGCACCACCCGCUUCAAGUGAGAACACCAGUCCUACUCUACAAAGCAAUUUGUCCGAAUAUCAAGAGAGAAUACAACAACAAAGACAUGUUAUCAAGGACCUGCAGACCAAGAACACAAUGCUGGAGAGACAAGCCGAGUCAUACAGGAAUGAGCUCAGCCAAUUCAAAGCACUGAUGGCGCAGUCCAUCGUUGGAAUACUACAAGCCAACGACCACAUGUUGAAGCAACAACAAUCUAUUAUGAUCCAAUCUCCGCCACAACAACAACCAAGGACACCUCAACAACAACAACAGUCACCAAAGUCCAAGCAGAAUAUUCGAGCGUCCACACCUCCUUUGGCAUACCCUAGUGUCCUGCAGACAACCGGUCCAGUUACCGAUGGUCAUCUCCAACAUCACCAGCAACUGCAGCAGCAGCAGCAACAACUGCAACAGUUCAUGGUGUUUGAGACGUCGGCAAUGCAUCCAUCCAAGAAGGUAAAGUCGUCUGUGCAGCAGCAGACGCACCACAUUCAUCCAAACAACUACAACAACAUCUCCAAGAGGGUUCAGGCUGCAUGA